UGAGGAAACGUGAAAGUAAACACCAGUUGUGGCAGGUGUUACAUCGAGACCUAGCACUCUGUAAAUGACAGAACCUAGUCCUCCCUAGAGCUAGAAACAAGGAAUGUGUCCUAAACUGUUUUCAGUUGUUGGCUAAUUGUAGUACGUGAAUGCAGUUGACUAUCGCUGGAAUUCAUAUUUAUCUCUGCUAGAAUUGUCUGGGUCAUCGAAACGUUUGUCGUGGAAAACCAGGAAAUGGCAGGCGAAACGACCGAUUUGCGAAUACGAGCUCAGCAUCUUUUCGCUAUUUGCGACAAGGAAGAGAAAGGCUUCGUGACGAAGCGAGACAUGCAGAGGAUGCAGGCCGAAAUGCCGUUAGAUCCGGAGCAGCUGGAAUUAGUAUUUGACUCGCUAGAUGCUGACGGAAAUGGAUUUCUCACUUUCGACGAAUUUAUUCACGGAUUCGGAAUUUACAUAGAAAACGACCCACCCGAGGUUGAGGCAAUAGAUACGAAUACCCAAGAAGUGACGAUUAGAACUUCAGACGGUGAUGAACGUGAAGACGAUGAAAACUUUAUGCAACUGUUAGACGGACUUGGUGGUCCGACCGUUUUUGAAGACGAAAAGUCUGUCAAGUUGCUGUGGGACCAUUUCCGCCAAGACGCGCCAGACGCUGGCAUUGAAUUUGAAAAAUUUCUAUCCAGCAUCUCUGACAGCAUCCACACCAAGGAAAAGGAAAAACUAAACAUGGAGGUGUUUAUCAGAAACCAGCAGGAGACCCGCGAGGAAGAACUGAAACGCCUUUACGAGGAAAUGGAGCGGCAAAUUGAAGAGGAGAAGGAACUUGUCAUUCGAAUGGAAAGGAUGAAAGAGUCACAAUUAAAGAGUGACAUGCGAGAAGAAAUUACCAAAAAAGAUUUUCUGCUGACGCAACUACAAACACGGGAAAAAGAAUUACAAGAGGCACUCAGCCGUCUGCAGGAGAACGAAGCCGCCAAUAAGCACGAUCUAGCACUGCUAACCAAAGAGAAGAGAUCUCUGGAAACCCAAUUAGAAAUUCAGACAAGAAACGCCGAGGAAUUACGGGCGGCUCUUGAGAAGAUGCGACGGGAGAGUAUCAGUGAACGACGGCAGAGGGCCAUGUCAGCUCUACAAGUCGCGGAAAACAUCGCCGUUGAGCGUGAAGGACUGGUCGAACAAUUGUCUUUGCUUCGUACAAUAAACACUCGAUUGACGGAUGAAAAUGACCUGCGUGAUUACGGGAAUGGCAGCAUUGACAAUAACGACGAACCUGCCAGCAUCGCCAGAGAAAUCGAAGAGGCCGCAGCAUUGAACUCCGACAACCAUCUCCACUUCUACUCCAGGCUUUUCGAUGAGGAAUUCGAACAUGCUGACAACAUCGAUAUUGUGUUCGAUUUACCGUUGCGCAAGGAUCCCGACAUCACGGAUAGCCAAUCACAAAAGAUGAAGAAAACCAGCUUGUUUGAUGAGCUGACCAGUGCACUGAAUUUCGAUUCUCAAUCUUCGUUAAAUGCAGCGGAAAAUAAUCUAAUCGGUGGGCCGGAAGACAGUCUCCUGAGAUGCACGUCCAGCGGUUACCCUGAAACGAAUGGCUUCGUUUGCCCGUCAUUAGAAGGAUCGUGCCCUAUUCAGCGUUCUGCUCGGGUAAAUGGAGAGGACAAGUUCGGGGGAAGUCCACAACAAGAAACAUUGGACAACUUGUUUGUUGAUCUUCCAGAAGAAUGUUUGUCGACCUCUUUACGCGGAGAACCUAAGCACAGUGUCACGUGGUCGACUAACGUGUAUCCGCCUUCCAGCCGAAUGGACUUCAAUAGCAUUUGCACAGUUGAAACUAGUUUGCCAUAUUUUCAGUUCCCAAACGGCUCCAUCCCUUACGCGGACUCGCUAAUCGGAUAUCACAACGGUCAAUGGAUUAACCGGGUUCAAUUGCGAAAGAGUGAACCUAUUACUCCGUCAGCCGUCUUCAAGAUUAUCGUCUUAGGAGAAAGUGGUGUUGGGAAAACUUCGUUUAUUCGCAGGUUCUGUUGUGAUGACUACGUCGGAUCACGAUCGGCCACCGUCGGGAUCGAUUUGAGCAUCCGUUGCUUGCCGGUCGGAGACGACAACCAGUACUGCGCACUCCAGUUCUGGGACACUGCAGGACAAGAGAAAUAUCGCAGCAUUAGUCGGCAGUAUGUACGUAAAGCUGAUGGCGUUCUUAUCAUGUACGAUGUUACGUCUGAGAUGACAUUCGUCCAUGUUCGCUACUGGAUCGACUGCGUUAAAGAAGUGGUAGGUGACGACGUCGUUUGUUUGUUGGUUGGAAACAAACGGGAUCUACUAGAACAGCAGGAAGAGGACUCAGAGCAAGAAUCGACAGGCAACGAAGGUGAACAAUUGACCGUCACACUAACCCGGCAUCCGCAACGCGUAUUAACAUCGGACGCCAUGAAGCUUGCCCAAACUAUGGGAUUGGACUUUUUCGAGACGAGCGCCAAAACGGGCUACAUGAUCCAGCAGUCGAUCGUCGCUAUGGCAGCCAAGCUACAAGUGCGAGAGAAAGUCGCCAUUGAAAAGAUAGUGUUGGAAGCGGAAUCGAUGGAGGCGGAGACGGCGAAUGCCGUGCCGAAAGACAAAGCCAAAAAAUGCUGUCGCUUGUGAUGAGACUUGACAGUGGCCUCUGUUUUCUUCAGCCGUGUAAUUGGAUGACUUCUCUUAUAAAUUAAUGAUGUUAUGUCA